CCUCUGUUUUAUUUAAACGGGUGAAAAGAUCGGUUUUAUUACAAAUGACUUAAAUACGUGGUUCGUAUUUCAUUCAUUCUAGAUAUAUAUACGAGGUACAUAGUUUUACCUCGUCAGUUUCAGUCAGCGCAUACAGGGGGAUAGAACAUUAUAUGUAGAUCCAAGGGAUAAUGGCUCAGGCUCAGGCUCCGCCAAGACAAGAUGUUACUUAUCCAUAUUUUUUUCAAAAGCGAAAGAGGGAAUGUCUGGAAUUAUGCAAAGCACAAUUUUCGAUAGAUGACAGUAAUUUCACUUGUGAAGAAAUCGGGAGACCAACCACAAACCACAUAUACAAAUGCACAUGGAGAGCCAAUGGACAAGAACACAAACAGGUUCUGGUUAGGAUCUAUGGAAAAAUCGCAAAAGAGCAAUUUCCAACGUUUCUUAUCAACAAUUUAUGUGUGUUCCUCCUUUUAGCUAAACUAAAUCUGGGACCGAAAUGCUACGGAUUUAGUGAUAAAGGCAGAAUAGAAGAGCUUUAUACGUGUGAACAUCUACAGAGGUCUGACCUGACGUCCGGAACAUAUGCCGAGCUGAUAGCGAGAAAAUUAGCUGAAAUUCAUGAACAAGAUAUGCCACUGCCAAAAGCACCAACGUUUCUUAUUGAUUUUUGUGCUCCGAGAAUUGCAAACAUUCAACGUUGGCUGUUAACCACUGAAAUAACUCAAGGUACUGUCAGGACAAUUGAUUCAUUUGACUUUAGACAUAAUCUGAGGGAAGUAAGAAGGGCUACUGUUGAUUUGAAAUCAGAAGUUGUAUUUUCACACAACGGUUUGACAGAAGGAGAUAUACUGCGCCUUACAGAAGAAACCGACCUUCUAGCCAGUUUGAAAUUGAUAGAUUUCGAAUACAGUGCCUACAACUACCGAGCCUACGAUUUAAGUAUGCUGUUUAUUGAAUGUUGUAUUGAAUACCGGAAUGUACCAGAUACUCCAUAUUUCAAGUUCAACAACGUGGACUAUCCUGAUCCAGAAAUCCGAAAACAGAUUUGUGAAGCAUAUUUAAUGGCAAGAUCAAAUACGGGAGAUCCAACAGAAGGCGACGUAAACAGAUUAUUGCAUGAAACUGAAAUAUGUGAAUUAGCUGUACAUCUAAUGUGGGCAAUAUGGGGAGUUGAUCAGCACAUUAGAGGAGAGAAAAUUUCUUUUGGAUAUUUGGAAUAUGCAGUUGUUCAUUUAAAUGAAUAUAUAAAGAAGAAAAAACAUAGAUUACCAUAGUAAAAGCAGGUGUUUACAUUUCAAUAACCUUGACUAUGCUCCAGUUUUGGAUUUGCAAAAAGAAAUUAUCGUAGAAGGGAAGAUAUGAACUUGAAUGGAUAUGUACAAAUCAUUUUCUAUCAUUGUCAUAACAAUUUGCAAAGUUUUGUCUUGGCUAUUUCAAACUUUUUUAUCUUUAAUACGAUGCACAAAAAGCAAUCGAAAAAGCUGUUUCACAAACGCACUGGCAUUAUCAUUCCGUUUCUAUUUAAAACAUAGUCCAGGCAAAACAAUACAAGUGUAGAUUUCAUUUUUUUCCCAUUUAUGAAAGUAUCAGAAUUUCAGUUGUUUCUCAUUAUCGUCAAUGAAAAACAUAACAACAACCGCUAUUAUUUGAAUUUUGUCUUCUGUGUUUUUAAUAUAUUUUGUAUGUAUUUUUACAUCUUAUAAUAUUAUCAGAGUGUACCCAAUGUUUAUUUUUAUGUAAAUUAACUCAUGUGUAAAAUAUUUACUGAUGCAAUUCAUAUGAUUUUACUAGCGGAAAGAUAAAUCAUGGAAUUUCGUCGUGUGCUUUCAUUUCGUAUGAAAACUGCCCAUGAAAGCAACCCAAGAUUAUAUAAUUAUUAGAUGUGUCACCUUAAUCAGUCAACACUAUUUUUGCCAAUUUUCGAGUACUUCGUGCAAACGAUAAUGUUUUUUGGAAUAAAAAACGCAAAUUAUUAUUCCUUGAAAAACAUAGUUGACAAAAUAUCUUGAAAUAUUGAUAUAUGAUAGAAAUGUAAUAAUGAUUGUCCCAUGAUAAAUAUGUACAAUAAUGAUUGCAAUAUGCUAAGUAUUUUAAGAGGUAACUACUUUGAAAUCGACAUCUUCAUUUUCGAUUUCAGCUAUAUAAAGUAUAAAUACUUGAUUUCACGUGGAAUGAAACUGCCCUUAUCUAACUAGACAAUUUCUUCCGAAGUAUUGUGUUUAAACUUGUUCUCAUUGUGAAUAUCAUAUAUUUUGUUAUUUGGAAAAUCUGUGAAUAUAAGAAUGGAACAUCGUUCUAUAAUAUAAUGAUAAUCGCUGAGUUAAUAUCUUAUAUAUAUAUAUAGAAGUGUAACAAAAAUACCAAGCUUCAAGACAAAUUCAAAAAGGGUAUUCCUAACUUGGUACAGAUAUUUUCGGAAGAAUAUAGUGAGUUAAACCUUAUUGUAUAGCUAGCUAAACCUCCAACUUGCAUAACCGUUGUUCAUAGUUCCAUCAUAUUGACAAAAUUGAGUAAGCAACCACAACAGAAAUUAUAGGUAAAUGUGACAAUAAUUGGGAUCCAAAAACCAAAAACUGUGUAAACAUACACAAUCACAGAUAUACAACACAACUUUCUAGCAAAUUCAAACAAACGUACAAAUUAAUCUAACAAAGACGCCAACAAAAAAAAUGUUGUAGUCAUAUCUUUUUAUUGUGUAUUAACUGCUAAUAAUUGGCAGUUGUAUUGUGGUAGAGAUGCUACACUGUUUAUCUAAAUAGUUCUUUUAAUCACUUGAAAUAAUUUUAAUAUAUUUAGUUAAAGGAUAUUCAAGAACAAUCUUAUCUUUUAUUUUGUAAGCUGAACUGACGUGGAGAUAACUAUUAUUGUUUUAUUGAAUUACUUGAACAUGUUAGGGAUGUAUUCUUCUGAUGUUUCAGUCUCGUUGAAAUCUCAUUCUGGAAUUAUUUCCAAAACAUAUGAUACAAGAGGAAAAUAUCAAUGAAUUUUAAAAAUAUUGUAACAAAACUUAACUCUGUGAAAAAAUUCUUUACUUACAAAAAGCAGUUUUUUAUAAACAAAAUUUCCAAAUUUUAUAACCAAUCCGGUCAAUGUCAUCAACCAAAAUGUUGAGAGAAUGGGUGAGGGGUAAAAAGAAAUUAUUUUACCAAAAAUAUGAACAUCCCAUAUCAUUUUUUUCUUUUCAAAAUUCUUAGAUAUGUAUUUUUCCAAUCAUUUAUAACAACGAAGUUGACAUAAUAUGCAUUUUGUUCUAAAAAAAAAAAAAAGAAAAAAAUCCAAAUUUGACAAAUUUGACAGCAUGGUCAAUUUGACACGAAAAAGCAACAAAAUUUUUUAAAACUUUCUAAUCUUAACACCAAACUAUAGUUUUUUUAAGUUAAAUUUAUUCAGAUUGGUCAACAUAUCUUAAGUGGAAGUUUAAUUGUGAAACUGUGAAUUUUUUUUUCAUGAUAAUAACUCCAAAAUGGACAAAUGGACAAAUGGCCGCAGCAAAAAAAGAAGUGCACCACAAUAUGAUUUUUUAGUCAUCAAUUACUUUCUUACAGUCAUAUAAAGGAAAAAUUCAGGUUGAGAAAAAAAGUUUAAUUCUAUAAAUGUUUGGCUCCUCAGAGGUGUACAUCCUUCAGCAUAUCUUUGAUUUUAUUUAUUCUAAAAUUCAAUAGAGGUGUAACACCACCAUUGAUUUUCCCCUAUUAGUCUUUGUUAAAUUUACACUUUUCAAAAAAUUGUGCAGAAUUUAUCUUUGUUUCAAAUAAAGAAAUACUUGGCAUGAGUAAAGUUUAAUCCUGUCUAGUACUAUUUACAAUAUUUCACAUAACAUUUCAUUGCAUAUAACCAUCACUUGAAGUUAACCAAUCAAAUGUUCACCCAUUUUUCUCUGUGUACAAGCUUUAGUAACCAUGUAACCUCAAGUUUCCAAAAUAUUCUAUAGAAACACCAAAUGAAAACAAGAUGGUGCUUUGAAACACCCAAGGUAUAUGUUAAUUAAUCAGAUUUUUUUACUGCAAUGAAAUGUAGGAUUAAUUUCCUACAACUGUCAAAUGUAAUAUUUUUUUCAACCCUUUUUCGUAGGCAACCGGAUGUGACGUACUAAGAUGUGGUGGUAUUACACCUAAAGAAGACUUUUUUGUUGAAUAAAAUGAAUGUGAAUUUUUUACUUUGUAGUACUGGUUAUUUCAAGCAUUACUGUCAUAAUCAGUUCAAUAGUUUGAGAAAAAUCUAGUAUAAUGUAAGACGACAUCUACAGCGAUUCGAGCAAAAUUUCUUCGAAAAAUCCAAAUCAAGCUGCAUCAUGAUAGAAUAUAGUGUGGACCACUAAAUGACCAAAUAUUUAUUUCAUCUGCAUGCAAACAGUUGAAUUUGAUACAAAAGAUGACUCUAGGAUGAUAAAUACCACUAAUGGACCUCUUUGUCUUCAUUAUAAGGUCACUUUUGGUCCAUUUAUACAUCUCAUUUCCUCCAAAUUUCAACUUUUUAGGCCAAUAAAUAAAAAUUUUGGGGCAACUUUCACUCAUUUAAUGUGAUAAUAAAUGAGUAAUUGAAGUAUUCAAGCUGAAUGAACUAUCCAUAUAAAAUUUUACCUACUCCAUGGAGGUUUUAAUAAGUCCUUACGUAAAACUAAAAUUUACGUCGCGUUCCAGAGAGGGACACAAAAAGCUUCCCUUAUAGUGAAUAAUUUGUUGUUACCGCUUCAAAAAUAAUUCAUGUACUAAUAACUUUAUAUUUAUUAAACUGUUUCUGAGGAAAAAGUUUUCUAUUAUAGCAAAAUAUAAGAAAUAAGGAGAAAAAGUCGGAAAAGGCUCUCAAAACACUGAGUAUGGCUUGCUCUGUCUACUAAUAUUUAUGGUAGAGUCCUAUUUCAAGGCAAUUUUCACAUAAAAUGUGUUUUUGAGACUCAAUCCACUCAGAAUAUUUCAUUUUUGUAAUAUUUCACUUAAAUAGCAUGAAAUUUUAACAAACGAGAGAGUAAACAUAAGGUCAUAGGUGCAUGUGCAGCUUCCCAUAAUUGGUGUAAUACCAUCAUUGAUUUCCCCCUAUCAGUCUUUAAUAAAUUUACACUUCUCAAAUAAUUCCAUUUCCAUUUACUUCUCGAAUAAAGUUUAAUCCUGUCCAGUACUAAUACAAAAUUUCACAUAACAUUUCUUUGCAUAUAAGAAAUAACCAUCACUGGAAGUUAACCAAUCAAAUGUUCACCCAUUUUUCCCUGUGUACAAGCUUUAGUAACCAUGUAACCUCAAGUUUCCAAAAUAUUCUAUAGAAACACCAAAUAAAAAAUAAUGGUGCUUUGAAACACCCAAGGUAUAUGUUUAUGACUCAGAAAUUUUUUACUGCAGUGAAAUGUAGGAUUAAUUUCCUACAACUGUCAAAUUCAAGGGAAUAUUUUUGAAGACCCUUUUUUGAUUUGGUGGUAUUAUACCUAGAGUGAGUUCUUCCUUUCGUAUCGAAAAUUGAAUCUAGACAGAAAUGCAAUAAAUAAUUUGGAAGUAACAAUAGAAAUUGUGUUGCUACAGAAUCAGUUCCACUGCAUUAUAUCAUACGAAUCUUUGGAUAUUUCUAUUAUUUAAGCUCCGUCAGGCUUGUGAUUUUAUUUUUGAAAAACUUUUAUGAGAUAUGAAAUGACUUCUAACAAUGUAUGCCAUAUAAAUGUAUACAGCUACAGAUAAUACUGUGAUGUAUCCAAGAUAUUAUAAUUAAGAUUUGAUAUUAUAUGUUUUAUAAUAAAAAAAAAAUUAUAUUGUA